GUGCUGGGGGCUAGCUACAGGAGUAUGGUGCUAGCUGGCCGGAUGCCCCGGAGCAGGGAGGGCCAGCUUUCCCUCCAUCCCUGGUGUCAGAGGGCAUGUUGUGUUUCCCCUCCAAGUUUGCUUGUUUUUCUGUUGUGUGUGAGUUGCUCCCCCUGCAGCUCGCAGCACGACUAUUAGACACAGAAUCCCACACAUUCAGCACAGUGGUGCCCUCCCACUGCACCGUACUGCUGUUGGGAGCCAGCCCUUUGGACGCUGUGCCUGGGCUAGCAGCAGGCAUGGGACUCAGUCAGUGCUGACAGCUGCUGCCUGGGUCUUGCUAACCAUACUAAGCUUGGGAAGUGCCCUGCUCUCUGGGAACAUCGGACGGAGUUCCUUGCUAGGCUCCUCUAGGAAGAGCCCUGCUGUGGCUGACCUCCGUGCUCCACUCUUCCGCCCCAUGAUUCCAGGCAGCUGAGAGGCAUGAGACAGCCAUGGCAUUCCAGGCAGCCGGAUCUGGGACACUGCAGCCCCAGAGCGUGCAACCCCUGGAGCCUCUGCUGCAUGGCUGGGGACCGGAGCCUUCUGCGCAGAAAGGAUUUCUUGGCAACUUCUCUCUUCCCACUCCCCUGCAGGGGACAUUGAGGGCAGCUGGGAAUCCCCACCUCCAGGAGAGACACGGUGCACAUUCAGCAGGAGCAUGGGGCAGUGGCUGCUUUCCUCACAGUCUCUCUUCUCCACCCCCCUGUGCCAUGGCAGGAGGCUGCCUGAAUCCUCAGGGGUCCCAGGGCCUCAGCUUUGUCCCAUCUCACCUCCAGAAGAAGGAAUUUCUUCCUGCUGCCAGGAGCCCAGCAGCCCCCACGGCCACAUCCCCUCAGCCAUCCACAUGGGUCCCACUGCGACACAGAGGACCCAGGGUGCCCGUGAUCCGUAACUGUGGCUCCAACACCCUGAACUUUGAGUUCCAUGACACGUGUCCCCGCAUAGCGUGCAAUGGCACCACCGAGCCUAGGAGAGCAGCACCCAGGAGCUCAGUGAGCGACUGGUAUCAGACCUGGCCUGCCAAAGAAACGAAGAAGCUGAGUUCCCAGGCAGUGCCUGUUCCCCUGCCUGCUGAGUCAGCAAUGAGCCCCCUGGAGAACGGCCCCCCGCCUGUGCCCCGCACAGCCCCCUGGUCUGCCACCUGGACUAAGGAUAGCAAGAGGAAGGACAAGCGAUGGGUGAAGUAUGACGGGAUCGGCCCGGUGGAUGAGACAGGGAUGCCGAUCGCAUCGCGAUCUAGUGUGGACAGGCCACGGGACUGGUACCGGAGCAUGUUCCAGCAGAUCCACCGUAAGCUCCCAGAACCACAGCUGGACUGGGAUUUCCACCACUGCACAGAACCACGCCCUCCGGCACUUGCACAAAAGGGCCACAUGCCAAGUGGCUCCUCUUAUCUGCAGAAUGGCCUGGACUGGAGGGGCCAGGAGGCAGCUGAUGAUGCUGCGAUGGAGCCCAGGAGCAUUUUCGACUACGAACCCGGGAAAUCAUCCGUCCUUGACCAUCCCAACCCGGCUGUAGAGCCCCAGGCGGGACGUGCUGGCAGCUGGUGCCAAUUUCUGAAGGAGCUGGAGAUGGGGAGCCUGCCUAAGAAGCUCCUGGCACCGUUUCCUGUAGAGCCUCCCCCACUGUCCCAGCCGAUUGAGGUGUUACUGGAGAGAGAGCUGCAGCAGCUCAGCGAGGAAUUAGACAAGGACAUGAAAGCCCUGGAGACACGUCGGCAUCCUUGCAAGGGAUUGGAAAACUUUGAGAAGUGGCGUGCCAAGUCUUCAACUUCUUCGGCGUCUCUCUGCGCUUGCACCGCCGCCCGCAGCCUACCGUCUGCCUACCGUUCCCAUCCUGCCUUGGGGCAGAGCCCCCCCACUUCUCGACGCCCACCUGCCAGCCCCAGCAUGGAGAGAGCGGGCCUGGGUGUGGGCAUGAGCGAUUGGAGCAGGUCUCCUCCCAGGAAAGAUCCCCCAGGCCACUCUGGAAAAAGCCCGUUGGCUGAUGAGAGUGAGUCUAUAGAGGCGGUGGAUGGACCGGUGAGGAGAGAGGACAAGAAGAUGAAAGCUGCUCGCGUCAAGUUUGACUUCCAGGCUGAGUCCCCAAAGGAGCUGACCAUGCAGAAGGGAGACAUCGUCUAUAUCCACAAGGAGGUGGACAGGAACUGGCUGGAAGGAGAGCACUAUGGGAGGGUGGGCAUAUUCCCCUCCAACUACGUGGAGAUCCUGCCUCCCACCGAAGUGCCCAAGCCCAUCAAGCCACCCACCGUCCAGGUGCUGGAGUACGGAGAGGCCCUGGCCCAGUACAACUUCAAAGGGGACCUGGUGGUGGAGCUGUCCUUCCGCAAGGGUGAGCGCAUCUGUCUGGUCCGCAAGGUGGAUGAGAACUGGUAUGAGGGACGGAUCUCUGGCACCAGCCGCCAGGGCAUCUUCCCGGCCAACUACGUGCAAGUGCUGAAGGAGCCGCGGGUCAAGGCCUCAGAGGAGUUCCCCUCCUCCCCAAACUUGACUGCUCCUGCCUCCCCAAGGCUGCUGGCUCACACAGGCUCACCGGCCCAGCUGCACUCGCCUGGUAGCCAGCGUUCCGAUCCCUCGUCCUCCUUCCUGGCAGACUCUCCCACUGCCCAACAGCGCAGCACAGAGGGGGGCGCCCUGUCAUCCUCGCCGCGCCAUUUUGGCUUCACCUUCCCUGUCUCCCCCAAGCUGCAGCAUGCCGGAGUCUCAUCCAGCCUCCUCCAGGGGCCCCAGAGCCUCCAACUGGCCCCCAGCACCACCUUGCUUUCCCCCCUGAGUCUGAGCCCGAGCCCGCAGCCCCCGGGCCCCUCCCGGCCACAGGAGACUCCACCCGCUGCAGCGCCCUCCUCGCUCCCUGGGCAGAGCUCCACCCUUGAAGCCCCAGUACCUGCAGGUUGCCGUCUGGGCAGUGCUGGGCACCUCCCCAAGGCCCCCCCAUCUGACAAUGGCUCCAGCAUACAGUGGACCCCGUUUCAGGCCAUUUAUCAGUACAGACCCCAGAACGAGGACGAGCUGGAGCUGCAUGAAGGGGACCGGGUGGACGUCAUGCAGCAGUGUGAUGAUGGCUGGUUUGUGGGUGUGUCCAGGAGAACCCAGAAAUUCGGCACCUUCCCUGGCAAUUACGUUGCCCCUGUGUAGCAUCCCCCUGCCCCGCACCCCAGCACAAGCCAAGAGGAAGCUGCAUCUGCGACUCAGGCUCCUACAGCCUACCCAGAGCUGGCAUCACGCCCUGAGACCAGGAGAGGAACGAGGAGAUGGGGAUUGGGACCAGCCCAGCCCCCGCCCCCACGGACAUUCCCAGUAGGAUCCUUUUGGUGGCUGUUGCUAGGGAGCUCGGCACUAGGACGGGCCCCUGCCUCUCCUAGUAACAGACCCCCUCCUCCCUGUCCCAGUCACUCAGCUCCGCUUCCAGCACUGCCUCUUGGGGCUCCCUCUAACGGGGACCAGUCCCUGUCCUUUCCCUCCCCCGUGGAGUUCCCUCUAAUGGGGACCAACCCCCCAGCCUUACCCCCCGUGGGGCUCCCUCUAAUGGGUACCAACCCCCCAGCCUUACCCCCCAUG